CGGGGACCGGAGCACCUUGAGUGAUGCCCAAGAAGUUCCAAGGUGAAAAUACCAAGUCGGCUGCUGCCCGCGCGAGGAAAGCUGAGGCAAAGGCAGCAGCCGAUGCCAAACGUCAGCAGGAGCUGGAAGAUGCCUACUGGAAGGAUGAAGACAAACACGUGAUGAGGAAGGAACAAAGGAAGGAGGAGAGGGAGAAGCGGCGGCUGGAGCAGCUGGAGCGCAAGAAGGAGCUGCAGCGCCUGCUGGAGGAAGAGGACUCGAAGCUGAAAGGGAAGUCGCCCAAGCAGGUCACCCCGGGCAAAGUCACCAGGGCCCAGAUCGAGGAGACGAUCAGAAAAGACCAGCAGCAGAAGGAGAAUGCAGAUACAGUGGAGAAGGAGAAGACUCACUUGGAGGUCCCCUUGGAAGAGAACAUCAACAGGAGGGUUCUGGAGGAAGGAUCAGUGGAGGCCAGGACGAUUGAAGAUGCCAUUGCUGUCCUCAGCGUUGCCAAUGAUCUGGACCGGCACCCCGAGCGCCGGAUGAAAGCUGCCUUCACGGCUUUUGAAGAGGUCAAUCUGCCACGCCUAAAGCAAGAGAACCCCAACAUGCGCCUGUCCCAGCUCAAGCAGCUCCUCAAGAAGGAGUGGAUGAAGUCUCCAGAAAACCCCAUGAACCAGAGGCACAAAGCUUACAACAGCCAGAAGUAGAACUAGAGCUGAUCAUCCCCCAGGGACAGUGGGCUGGAGCCCCAGGGCUCUGCUCGGAUGAAAACAGGAGACACAAGGAACCUCCUCUCCUUUUGUUUCCCUUCCCCACCCCUCCUUUCUGUCUUUGUUCUUGGAUUUAAGAUGAGCACGAGGCCACGGCUCGCCUCGGGACCCUGCCGCGUCCCGCCGCCUUCACUGACGGCCUGUCCCCCCCGACGUGCUCACCCCUCCGCAGGCAGCUGGUGCAGAGCGACCCGGACGGACUAACACUAACACUUCGUGCUUCCGAAUUUGGUUGUUGUCUUACAAAAAAGCUACUAACUCGCUUCCAGACCUUCGGCAUGGGCAGCGCUUGCGAGGCGCAAGGGCAGGAGAGGUAGAGACCCCCCCAGCGCUGGCUAGCACCCUGCGUUAACCCGCUCACGGCCUGGACCUCAGCCAAACUGCGUUCACCCCUGUCUCUACCGUGGCUGCGCCGCACCCUCGCGCUCUGCGGGGUGAAUUUUUGCAACCGCCACGAGGAAGGCACCUGCCCUCUGUUGCUUGUGUCGUCCUGGUGCUGGGAUGGCCCCGAAGAGAUUCCAGACUGGGAUCGCUGUUGGCCCUGCCUGCUGCCGGCCACCUCUCUCCUCUUGAUCUCCACUGGCGGUACGUUAGACGGGGAGGAGGAACCGCCAUGGGAGCAGAAGCUCUGUUAGCGUGGUGUUGUGGGGAAGAGAGGAAAUAACCUUCCAUCUUCGAGGAGGAAUGGGAGAAAUAACAGCACAGCGUGGUUCCUGCCUCGUCUGCGCAGGACGCUGGUGCCGGACUUCUCUGUGUGACUUUUCCUGGUGGUCUUGCCCAGAGCCUCACACUGCUGGUGGGACAGGAGGGUUCCUGGAGGGGCCGCACCCCGCGCUACCUGAGAACUGCCCCAAGGAGGGAAAAGCCGCUGCUUUUCCCGUCGCUUCUUCCCCUGCCUGCUCCCAGGCUCGGGCAAGGAGGUGCCCCGUGGGCCCGUGGAAGGGGAUGUGAGACUGUCGGCUCAGCAGCUUCACCCGCCGCUGGGCCGAGGGCACUGACCUGGCUGUGCCGCCUCUGCUCCCCUUCGGCCGGAGCCCCGCGGUCUCUCCGCUGGCCCGGGCAAAAAGAAAUCGGUGAGCUCCCUCGGGAGGGCUGCGGCAGCACCCGGACAGGGCUGGAGAGGCUUUGCCCUGGAGCCACGGCAGAGUCCUGCCCCUCGCCUUGAGCAGGCACUGGGUUUUCCUCUCUUCCCUUUCCCCUUUCACAUCUCUUCUGGGAGUGAAAUUCUUUCCGAAGGUCUAAACCCUUGACCGGGCAGCAGCUCCGUUGCCGUUGGUGCUUACCUGUGUGUUUAACCGGGGCUGCCAAACCGAGACAAACUCGUGGCUGGUUUGGCGUCCCGACGGCGUUUCUUCUGAUGUUACUAAACAAGUAGGGUUCAUCCCGCGCCAGGUAACAGGCAGCGUGUGGCCUCUGCCCCUGCGGAGGAUCGCCUGCGAGCAGGCAGGGGGGGUUGCAGGGGUCCUGAGGCUGCAGAGGCAUUUAUUUGCACUUUGGUGGGGAAGGGGUUUGAGGAGGCGACGCUCAACCUGGCACCGAGAGCCUGGGGCUGUUUCGGGGCUCUCCCCAGCCCGCUCUGCACCCCGCUUGCGGAACCAGGCUGAAGGAGCUGGACGGCCCCUGCCAGCAUCCCCCCCCCAGCCGGUAAAGACGGAGGAAAGCACCCGGAGUCUCCCCUUUCUGUGAAAAGUUUGUUGUGUUUGAACCCAA